UCUUCUUAACCUCAUUGCAGUGCACCCCACUCUAGCUUUUUCCGAGUUGUAGAGAAAUGAUGGCUCAGGGAAGAUGCAGUGCAAUGGCAGUCACGGUCCUGCUCUGCUUGUUGCUGCUCCACUUCGAGUCGGUUCGAUCGGCAACUUUCACCGUCGGUGGUAGCGGUGGUUGGACGUUUAACGCCACUGCUUGGCCUAAAGGCAAGCGCUUUAGGGCCGGAGACACGCUCGUGUUCAAUUACAGCCCUUCGAUCCACAACGUGGUAGCUGUAAACAGAGGCGGAUACAAUUCAUGCAAAGCACCAAAAGGUGCUAAAGUUCUGAGCUCCGGCAAGGAUCAGAUCAAGCUCAGAAAGGGCCAAAACUUCUUCAUCUGCAACUCUAUUGGUCACUGUCAAGCUGGAAUGAAAAUUGCAGUCCUUGCUGCAUAAUAUGGGAUUUAGAUAAUUACAGUUUGCUUUAAGUACUAAAGUUGUCAAAAAUGUCUACUCUAGUGUGAGUGGGUGGUUGGUGGUCCAAAUAUUAAAGUCUAUAAUAAUGAUAGUUGUGGAAAUCUUGAUGAUGAUGCUUUGUGGCUAAGAGUUCUACUUUGUGCUCCCUUUGCAAUAAAAUGUAGUUGUUUCCAGA